UGUGCAAAAUUCAAUCACAUUAAUAAAAUUAUUUCUGUGUUUAAGAUUAAAUAGCAACAAAAGGUAUUAGUAAAAACAACGAUAAUUAAUAUAAAACAAAUUACAGAAACGUUCUGUUAUAGCCUUGUUGGUAGGUUUUCAAUUUGUAACGCUUUUGUUGCAGAUAACACCCUAAAGAUUCUUUAAACAAGACGAUAAAAAUCAAGUCUUCUUUUUGGUGUAACCAAAAGAAAACCAAAAAAGAUCAAGUCUUCUUUUUGGUAUUGACACAUGGGUUGUUUUUCUUUAUCUAAUAUGUCAGAUCAAGCACUUCUUCUUCUUCUUCUCCAUGUUUCUUUUUCAACUUAAACACUUCUCUUUCUAAUUCUCUCUCUCUCUGGGCUCUAAAAUAAAACAUGGGAAAAGAAGAUGAAAAAAGAAAUAGAAGCAGCAGCAGUAGUAGAACAAUGGAGAGUCUUUCUUUAGAAAUAAACAAAUACCCAAGAGAUCUGUUACAAAGAUUUAUGUCAAAUGACAGUCAACAAUUAAAAACUAGUGAAGGAGAAGAAGAUAAUACAGAAGAGAUUGAGCUAAAUCUUGGGUUAUCAUUAGGAGGAAGAUUUGGAGUUGACAAGACUUCAAAGAAACUAACAAGAUCAUCAUCAAUAGCUGGGUCAAUACCACUAGUGAGAGACCAUGAUGCAUUCAAUACACAGCCUGCAGUAUCUUAUCCUCUACUUAUCAGGACAUCUUCUUUGCCUACAGAGACAGAAGAGGAAUGGAGGAAGAGAAAAGAAAUGCAGACUUUGAGGAGAAUGGAAGCUAAGAGAAGGAGAAGUGAAAAGCAAAAGAAUUUGAAUUUGAAUAGAGGAGAGUUGAGUUUGGAAGAUGAGAGAAAGGGAUUGAAUGCGAACAGAGGGAAUUGGGUUGCACCAACAUGGAGCAGGAAUGUUAAUAGAGGUAAUACUUUGCAAGGAUUAAUAGGACAACAGCAGGGUUCACAAGGGUCUGUUGAGUCUCAAGGUGGUAGCUCUUCUGGGAUUUCAGAAAUGGAGAGUAAGCCUGUUCAAGGAACAAGCAGUGGCGGUGAAGCAAGAAGCCCUGCUAGUAAUCAAUCCUUGCAAGACCGAAUCAAUCAAGAAGCAGUUGGUUCUUCAAGGUCAAAGACAAAUGAAAAUAUAAACAGAACAUCCAGCAUGGAGAACCCAUCCAGGAAGCUUGAAUCUGCAGAAAUUAGAGGGAGGGAAAUUGGGAUGAAUCCUAUGGAAGAUAUGCCUUGUGUCUUCACAAUAGGAGAUGGUCCUAAUGGAAGAAAAGUAGAAGGCAUCCUUUACAAGUAUGGUAAGGGUGAAGAAGUGAGGAUAAUGUGUGUAUGCCAUGGGAGUUUUCUCUCCCCAGCAGAGUUUGUCAAGCACGCAGGGGGCCGUGAUGUUGAUCACCCUCUUAGGCAUAUAGUCGUAAAUACAUCUGGUAGUAUUUUGUAAUGCGGUAUUCAUGUCACCCCUGAAAAGAAAAGUAGGGGAUGUGCAAUAGGAAAAGAAAGAUGAGAGAGAAUUUUUAGAAGAUAGGUUUUAAUUUUAAUUUUAUUUAUUUAUCUCUUUGUUGAAGUUCUUGAAAGGGAAUUCAGUAUAAAAGUAACUAUUUUUCCUGUUUUA